AUGCCUCAGCGAAAGCGACCUUACCGCCCCAAAGUCAAAGGCUGUUAUGAGUGCUCACAGCGUCGCGUCUCCUGCGACCGAACCACUCCACAGUGCAAUAAAUGCCGUUCUAAGGGCCUUACAUGCAGUGGUAGUGAUGUUGGUAUUCGAUAUCGUUUUACUCAAGGGGUUAGCACUCGUGGCAAGUGGAGAGGCCACACUAUCCAAAGUCUCUGUGAAAACCGCCUUCAAAGCCAGGCGAAGGUGACUAGCAAGCAUGAAUCCUCAAGUGCUAGGGACUCGCCCGAGGGGCUGAGCUCUGCGGGCCACGAUUCUGCCCAGUCACCAAGACAGGAGACAAGUCAGCUCAUAGCGUUCGGUUUUGGUGAUGAGAAUUUCUACGCCGGCGUGAUAAGUCCGCUUCUUUUGAACUCGUUCGAUGACUACACAAACUUCUUUUUAGAGACGACCGAAGAGGCUUCCUGGACCUUGCAAACAGACGAGCGUGAGGGGUCGUCAAAAGAUACCGAAAAUUAUUCACUGUCCGCCGUCGAAUCUUCCAUUAUUAGUCCGGCUGACCUCCUCCUCACGGAGUCUCUGCUCGAUGAUGUUCCAUCAUGGAAGAAAGCCUUGCUUAUGCAUUACUCGGAGCACAUUGCUAGCGAAAUGCUAGCGAUCGAUGGAAGUCACAACGGCUGGAGGUACAUCGUUCUUCCAUUGGCUCACAACGACGACUUGGUUAUGGAGGCCGUUCUCGCCGUAUCGGCUUUCCACCGAGAUGCCAAGAAAAGCCCAGACUGGGCGGAAUACUUUCAAAUCAGCGGCUCCAAUUUACAGUAUACAUCCCAGCAGCAGUCGCGUUGGUUAGACUCGAUUGCUAGCAGCCCACAGACCCUGUAUAAUACAGCCAUCAAAGGACUACGGAGGCGCAGCAAUCUAGCCGGGAGCAGUUAUGAAGCGAAACAAGCCAUUCUGGUGGCGGUCCUUGUGCUGCUAGUUGCGGCCAUGGUGACGGGGAGAGAUGAUUACUUCAUGAUUCUUGGGAUGUUGCAUUCCGCAACAGAUGUCUUCAAAGGUGAAGAUGAGUUAUGGGCCAGUGAGCUAGGUCGCUUCUUGGCUCGCCAGGUACAGAAAAUGCGAGUCUACGCCGCCCCCCACAUCAGUGAAAUGGCAGGCUUAGAAACUCUCACCUCUCAAUCUCAAUGGGAUCAGUACUUUGACUGUGUUCGAUACUGUUCUCAGAGCCAGUCCCAAGGUAACGUUCGGCUUGCCGCUAUCGAGGACGUGAUGCAGCAAGCUCACGACAUAUACCUCCAAGGACUGGACUCACCUAGUUGGGCCCUCGAUGAUGAGAAAAGGCGCGCGGUAGAUACCGAUCCUGAAGGUCGUAUAGAGCAUUUCAAGAUAACACUGGAACAACUACCAGCGGAUGGGCCGGGUGCCCACGUUCUGGUCUGGGCGAUAUUUUUGGUUGCUGCUGCCAGCUCGUCGGAAAGACACCGGGUUUUCUUUAAGGAGGUCCUAGUCAAACGCUAUAGCCAGAGCAGGUUCGCCAAUUUGCUCAAAGGGAUAAAGCAUUUGCCGCAGAUAUGGGUUAAAACAGAUAACGGAAUAAGAUGGACCCAGCUUUUAUCAGAAGCUCGGUUGUUCGUCAUGUAA